AUGUCCUUCUUGUCGAUCCCCGUGCUGGACUAUUCCCUCGCCCAGGAGCCCACCAAGACGCACUUCCUGGCCUCUCUGCGCCAUGCGAUCGUCAACGUGGGCUUCUUCUAUCUCAAAAACACCCCCAUCUCGCCCCAUGUGCAGGCCCGCUUCGUCGCCCUUGGCCAGGCGCUCUUCGACCUGCCGAUCGAGCGCAAACUCGCCGUCGAAAUGGUCCACAGCCGGCACUUUCUGGGCUAUUCGCGUCUGGGAGCCGAGAUCACCAAUCUGACGCAGGACUUUCGCGAACAAUUCGACUUUGGCACGGAAUUGCCGCCCCCCUCCCCCGAUGCACCGCUGUACCACAACAUCAAAGGGCCGAACCAGUGGCCUGAUGAAAGCGAUAUCCCCGGCUUCCGCGUCGCGCUGGAAGAAUACCUGGCGGAAGUGAGCCUGUUGGGCGACAACUUCAAACGACUCAUCGCCGAAGCCCUCGAUCUCCCUCCCACUGCUCUGGAUGGCUUCUUCGAUGAUCCGCAGCAGUACAAGCUCAAGCUGAUCAAGUAUCCGCCGCCAGAGUCGGCAGACAGCAGUCCCAGCCAUGGGAGCAGCGACGUCCAAGGAGUCGGCCCGCACAAGGACUCCGACUUUAUGACCUUCCUGCUGCAGGCGACACCACACACCGGCCUGGAAGUGCAGAACAAGGCCGGGCAAUGGAUCUCUGCGCCGCCUAUCCCGGACACGCUCGUGGUCAACAUCGGCCGCGCCCUGGAAGCCCUCACGCGCGGCGUCUGCACGGCGACCACCCAUCGCGUCAGUCUGCGGCCGGAAAACUUCGUCGACGCCCAGGGCAACCCGCUGGGGCCGCGCUUCUCCUUCCCCGUCUUCCAGGGGAUCUGCCUCGAUCUCUCGUCCGACUCCCUCGCGCUCAAGAUCCCGACGCACAUCGCCGACCUCGUCAAGGACGAGAAGGUCAAGAGCGACGCUGAGGCUACCUUCAACUCUGUCUUCCGCGGCAACAUCGGUCAGGGCACCCUCAUCGCCCGGAUCACCAGCCAUCAGGAUGUCGGCGCGCGGUGGUAUCCUGAUCUUUUAGCGGAGGCGCUCAAGGGACAGAAACAGCAAAAGCAAUAA